CCGAUUUAGACCAUUUACCCCCCGUGCCGGCUGCUUUGUCUACUCUGCUCACUUUUUAUAAUGAGGCGAUUAAUUGUUCAAACCCCCAUCAUGCUGAUUAUGAUAAAAUUAAGUCCGAACGGGAUAUGCUUAAAAAAACCCAAAGCCAAGACCACCGCUGCCCAGAUUAUGAAACCCAAUUGCAAAAACGCGAACAAGAAAUUAUUAACCAAUUUAUUACUGAAUUAGAAUUAGAACCAAAAAAUAAUUCUGUCCAAGAAGUCAUUGCCAUGAUUAAAGAGUUAUUACCAAAGCCCGCUGCGACGGAAAAUGAACUUCAAACUGCUCUCCAAACCGCCCAACAAACCAUUACUGACUUGCAAGGUCAAUUAAAAGAAGUUGAAAAGUUAACCGCAAUCAAAAAAAUUGAGAUUGCCCAAUUAAAAGAAUUAUUCCCUCAUCGCCUAACCGCCUCAAUCAUUCAACAAUUACAAGAAGCUACUACUUAUCAACAAUUUUCCCAGUUGCGGAAUGCCGAAAUUAAAAAAUAUUUGAACCAAAAUCCUACUAAUCACUCCGCUUCUUCAUCAGAUAA